CGCACCGGGUCGUGGGCGGAAGAACCGGGCGGCACGCUCCAACCUCCGCAGCGCGCGACUCGGGCUUCUUACCAUCCCACCUCGCGCCAGCAUUUGCCCGCCUAUUUCGAUGCCAAACGCCGUCCCUUGACGCAAGCAAGCUUAAGAGCCCCAAGGUCGGAGAGACGCAGGGAGAAAUCUUAGACUCGGAGAUCGCUGCAUCAUUAUUUUUCCCUGCCUGUCCAUUUCUUGGUGAGGUAGAAGAUGGCAGAUGGUGAAGAUAUUCAGCCUCUCGUGUGCGACAAUGGAACUGGAAUGGUCAAGGCAGGUUUUGCUGGAGAUGAUGCGCCAAGGGCUGUUUUUCCUAGCAUUGUGGGUCGACCACGGCACACUGGUGUGAUGGUGGGCAUGGGCCAGAAAGAUGCAUAUGUUGGUGAUGAGGCUCAAUCCAAAAGAGGUAUUUUGACACUGAAAUAUCCAAUUGAGCAUGGUAUCGUGAGUAACUGGGAUGACAUGGAGAAAAUUUGGCAUCAUACUUUCUACAAUGAGCUGCGUGUGGCGCCUGAGGAACACCCUGUUCUUCUCACUGAGGCACCUCUUAACCCCAAGGCUAAUCGUGAAAAGAUGACUCAAAUCAUGUUUGAGACCUUCAAUGCUCCAGCUAUGUAUGUCGCCAUCCAAGCCGUGCUGUCUCUUUAUGCUAGUGGUCGAACAACAGGUAUUGUGCUCGACUCUGGUGAUGGUGUCAGCCACACAGUUCCUAUAUAUGAAGGGUAUGCACUCCCGCAUGCAAUUCUUCGUCUAGACCUGGCAGGUCGUGACCUCACUGAUGCCCUCAUGAAGAUUCUGACGGAGCGUGGUUACUCUUUCACCACCACAGCAGAACGUGAAAUCGUUCGAGACAUCAAGGAGAAAUUGGCUUACAUUGCUCUUGACUAUGAGCAGGAGCUGGAGACGGCAAAGACCAACUCAUCGGUGGAGAAAAACUAUGAGCUACCCGACGGGCAGGUUAUUACCAUUGGUGCUGAGCGAUUCCGUUGCCCUGAAGUUCUUUUCCAGCCAUCCAUGAUUGGGAUGGAAGCUGCAGGCAUACAUGAGACUACAUACAACUCCAUCAUGAAAUGUGAUGUGGACAUAAGGAAGGACUUGUAUGGUAACAUUGUCCUGAGUGGAGGAUCCACCAUGUUCUCAGGCAUUGCUGAUAGGAUGAGCAAGGAGAUCACUGCACUCGCACCUAGCAGCAUGAAGAUCAAGGUGGUUGCUCCACCAGAAAGGAAGUACAGUGUUUGGAUUGGAGGAUCUAUCUUGGCAUCCCUUAGCACUUUCCAACAGAUGUGGAUUGCUAAGGCAGAAUACGAUGAGUCCGGCCCUUCGAUUGUGCACAGAAAGUGCUUCUAAAUCUUCUACACUGGAAGGGAUAGGAAAUAAGAUGACCAACAACAUAAGUGGAGAGAGUAGUUCAGUAUUCUCAAUGUUCGUUUUUCCUUGUAUGAUGGUCUGGACAAUGAUGUGAGAUGCUGUUCUUCCUCAGCCAAAUAUGCAACCAUCCUCAAUUCUCUCGGUGUCCUUUUUCACUAUUGAUGUUAUUUGUUCUUCAUUUAGUUUGGUUUUAAAUCCAUAAGCAAAGGGAUGGUCAAUGAUUCUGAUAUAAACAUGGUUCCAAUAUGUUACCUUAUUAUUUUUGUUCAAUAAGUGCCACUUGUCAUUUAUAUA